AACAAUUUAAAAACAGAAACCCAGUUCGGAAAUCCAACUUUUCAUUUCUACACUCACAUAAACUGUUAUUUCUGAAACAGCUGCAACUGAAGCAAGAGCAGCACAAGACAUGUUGUGUCCCUUCCCUCCCAAAAAAAGAAAGAAAACUGGAUUGCUAAAGGGAUUUCUCAGUUGCCUCUGAGAGCUAACGAACAGUGGAAUUUGAAAUUAAUACAGCAUAUGUAUAGAUGCCUGUUACACUCUGAGUCAACACUGAAAAGAGAAAAGGCAGGAAAACAUGAUUUGAAAGCAGGAUAGCUCCUUUUUUUCAUUCCAAGUGUGGAAAUUCAUGGUAGGAAACGCAGGGUGGGAAAGGGAGAAUGGGAGAGAAAAAGAUCGCGCACACAUUCACGGUAUACAAGAGCAUGGGUAGCACAUUGCUGUCUGAGUUUCCUGUUUGCACUUGCAAAAGAACACAGACUACUCCUGUUGCCUAUUUGCAUGUCACUCUGCUGUUGCAUUUUAAAGAGUCAGCAUGAAUUAAAUCCGGCAUCCCCAAAAGAGGUUCUGUUUUUCCUGCCUGGCAAAAGCAGGGCUGUGUGAAUUGGGGGAUAUUUUGUUCAUAUUCCCUUGAAGAUCUGAGGUUUGGGAUUUGAUGGCUUGGUUGCUUUGAAAUGACCACUUUUUCAUUCCUUGGAGGGCUUAGAGGAUUCUGCAACUGCUAAGAAGCAUUUAAGUCAGCCAGCGUGAGAAUCACUGCAGCAUGUUUGUGGAGUGAAGUGCAGGGACUCUCUGGUCCUGCCAAAGUGGAAGAGAGCUCAUGCCGUCAACUCUAGCUGAGCAUGCACAGCUCUGAAAACUCUUCAAAGCUAAAGGGAGACAAAAAGAAAAUGUGUUGACCAGCACCUAAGAGUUAAAGCAAGCACGUGAAGAUGGAGAACAGCACAACUGAUGGACAAAAUGAAACAGAAUUCCUGCCCAACCAAGAAGUGGUCACUAUUGAAUAUCAGGUGGUCACCAUCCUUUUGGUUCUCCUCAUCUGUGGGUUAGGCAUUGUGGGCAACAUCAUGGUGGUAAUGGUGGUACUCAGGACCAAGCACAUGAGGACCCCAACCAACUGUUACCUAGUGAGCCUCGCAGUGGCUGAUCUCAUGGUAUUGGUGGCUGCUGGGCUUCCCAACAUCACAGAGAGCAUCUAUGGAUCCUGGGUGUAUGGCUACCUUGGAUGUCUCUGCAUUACUUACCUCCAAUAUCUUGGAAUCAAUGCUUCAUCUUGCUCUAUUACUGCCUUCACUGUUGAGAGAUACAUAGCUAUUUGCCACCCUAUCAAAGCCCAGUUUUUAUGUACUUUCUCUAGAGCCAAAAAGAUCAUCAUCUUUGUCUGGGCAUUCACAUCCAUCUACUGCAUGCUCUGGUUUUUCUUGCUAGAUCUCAACACAGUUGUCUACAAAGAGACCACCAUAGUGGCCUGUGGCUAUAAAGUGCCCAGGAGCUACUAUUCCCCAAUCUACAUGAUGGAUUUUGGGAUAUUUUAUGUCAUACCAAUGAUAUUAGCUACAGUCCUCUAUGGGUUGAUUGCCAGGAUAUUGUUUCUGAAUCCCAUCUCGUCAGACCCAAAAGAAAAGUCCAAGACAUGGAAGAAUGGUUCUUCUCCCCCGAACAAGACCAAAACAACCAAUAAAGUUAUCAACAGUGCUGUGGCUUCAAGAAGGCAGGUUACCAAAAUGUUGGCUGUGGUUGUUAUCCUGUUUGCUUUUUUGUGGAUGCCCUACAGAACCCUGGUGGUCAUCAACUCUUUCCUCUCUCACCCUUUCCAAGAGAAUUGGUUCUUGCUCUUCUGCAGGAUCUGCAUUUACUUAAAUAGUGCUAUCAACCCUGUGAUUUAUAACCUCAUGUCACAGAAAUUCAGAGCAGCCUUCAGAAAACUCUGCAAAUGCCAGAAGAAGCAGUCAGAGAAGCCCUCCAACUACAGUGUGGCCCUCAACUACAGCGUCAUCAAGGAGACCAAUCAUUUCAACACAGAGCUUGAGGACAUCACUGUCACUGAUGCCUACUUGUCAUCUGCAAAAAUAUCUUUUGAUGAAACAUGUGUGUCUUCUGAGGUGAUGUGAAGGUGGAGAAGGAAUUUUCUCCUGCUCUGUUCAGCUUCUUCUACUUCAACUGAUAUCACAAAAUUAGAUAGUUUCAAACCAAUCUGAUCAUUUUCUAAUAAUGUUUGAUGUGAUAAAGCUGAUUAUUAUCAUGGCUCUUCAUACCUCAUGGAAGCUAUUUUAUGUCACUACCGAAUUGCUUGCUUUAUGGAAACUAAGAGGCAAAAGGCAAAUGUAUGUACAUAGUUACUGUACUUAUGUGUUCUAACAUUAGUUUCAAAAUCAUAUGCUAGAGGGAAGGAAUUUCCACUCUUUACCAUGGGUUUACUUAGACUGGGUGGUUUUUGAUUUGUAACCUUAACUCUUUUGCAUAAAUCUUCCCCCCUAAUGCAUCAGAUUGUAUUUCCUAUUACUGGAAAUUGAGAUAAGGAGGGAUGGGAUUUACUUUGUGCCUUAGGGCUACUAUGAGUCAGAAACAAUGUAAAACAGACAACAAUAACUUCCCUGUUCAAACUGUUUACAAAUCCCACAAGCAUGAGAAGCACAGUGACUUUUCAAACUACAUAUUUAUAGCACUAUGGUUCCACUUUAACUGCCAUGGCUACAUCUUCUGGAAUGCUGGGCUUUAUAGUUUGGUGAGGCUUGGUGUAUCCUGAUCAAGGAUCCCAAGUACAGUAGAGUCUCACUUAUCCAAGCUAAACGGGCCGGCAGAACCUUGGAUAAGUGAAUAUCUUGGAUAAUAAGGAGGGAUUAAGGAAAAGCCUAUUAAACAUCAAAUUAGGUUAUGAUUUUACAAAUUAAGCACCAAAAUAUCAUGUUAUACAACAAAUUUGACAGAAAAAGUAGUUCAAUACGCAGUAAUGUUAUGUUGUAAUUACUGUAUUUACGAAUUUAGCACCAAAAUAUCAUGAUAUAUUGAAAACAUUGACUACAAAAAUGCCUUGGAUAAUACAGAACCUUGGAUAAGCGAGUCUUAGAUAAGUGAGACUCUACUGUACUCCUCCCUAAAGGCCAAAUUAAAAGAAUAGUUAAAUUGAGUCCUAGUAUAAUAAUUGUAUAGCAUGAAAGGAUCCAUAGAUCACAUCCAUACUUUGCUUGCAGUUGGAUGGCUACUCAACAAUUUGGUUCUUUCCAGACAGCUGGUGGUCCAGGCUGAAAAUCCUAUCAACAUUGAGUAUAUAUAAGAUUCCUGUAUCAGAUUAAUCUCAUCCUAUGCCACCUAUUGGCUGUAAUUCACCUAACAUUAAAGUAGCUAUCCAACAUGUUAAACCUAUAGUGGGUCCUUGGUUUCCACUCGAGUUUAGUUCCAGGACCCCUUUGAUGCCAAAAUUUGUGGGUGCUCAGACCUCAUUAUAUAUUUGAGAUUCCUUAUAUUAAAUGUAGAAUAACUUAAAUGAGUGCCAGAGGGAGCCUGUAGAUCUAUGAAAUGUCUGGAGGGUAGUUCUUGGCAACUAGUAAAAUCAAGAUUUAGGGAUUUUUUGGAUAUUUUUUUCCUGAAUAUUGUUCAGCAUUGGUUGGUUGAAUGUGUACAUGUAGAACCUGUGGGUAUAGUGGACCAACUAUAUUUAGAACGAUAGGAUUCAGUACUUUGAACAGCUUCAUUAAAGUCCAACAUUCCAAGUAGAUUUACUGACGUGGAAGCCACCAAUGAUUUCAUUUUAGGAGACAGAAACUCUGUGGUCAAUUGGGUGAUCCCAAUCCACAAAAUCAUCAUCUUUCUAUAUGACUGGUAAUGCUUUAGGAAUGGCCAUUGCAAGAAACUGGGCUCAAAGCAUAGGUAAGCAUAGGUAGGUUUUCCUUCUGACAUAUUUAUAAAUGUAUUUAUUAAAAUAACUUAUAAAUGAUCCUAUAUCCUUAUAGAUAUCAUAUUAGUAUAUAGCCAGUAUCACUAUAAAUAGAAAUAUCCUGAAUACUUCAAUGAUCAAUGAUUUCCUUAGUGUUUGUACUCCCUCUACAAAACCAUGUAACACUGUCAUUGUGUUUCUAGCUGCUGUAUUUUGUUCAUCACUAGGUAAUCAAUUCUCUGCUGUCCUAGGAGAGCAUAAAUAUGGUUUCUGAUUUAUGAUGGCCAUCAAGGUAGGCCCACCAAAAUUAUCCUUUACUAGUAUAGCCUUUAAGAAUCCAGUAUCAUCGCCAAACAAUGAUGCAGUGUCAGAGUAAAUGCAAUUAUAUAGUGUCCUAGAAGCACAAUAGCCAGUGCAAAGUAUGCACAUAUAAUCCUAAAAUAUGAGAAGUGAAAGUAUAAGUCAUUUGCACUUUCUUGCCACCUGUGAGAUAACUAUUGGGGCUAGUUUAAAUUCCCAGGCCACAAUAUUCACAAUGCUAGUUAUUUGCAUGUAAAUAAUUUGUUUUAAAAUUGCAGUGGAGAGGGGAUUAUCUCUUUCCUCCUGGGCUGAACUCCCAAUAAAAAUUGACAAUUUCCAUGAAGAUACCACUUGGUAUGGAAUCAUUUGAUGUGAUAGCAUGGCAUAGUGGUUUGAGUUUUGGAAAAUGACUCUGAAGACCAGGGUCAUUGUCCAAUCCCUUCUCAGCCAUAGUAACCAACUGUGUACCCUUUGUCACGUCAUACACUCUAAGCCCCAGAAAACCUAUGAUAGGUUUGCUUUAGGAUUAAUAUAAAUCAGAAACAUUGUGAAGGCACACAACAGCAGCAGCAGCAGUAACAACAACAACAAUGUGGGGUAAAUCUUCCAUUUGCAUUAAUGGAACCUAAUAGUUGGGUGUCUGCUUUCUUCUUUUUUUCCUCUGUCCUCAGUUUCUGCACUGACUCUGUAAGUAUGUGAGUACAAGAAUAGACACACAGAUCAGGGGAAAUUGUAUAGAUAUUUGUCCAAUCAAAAGGACCCAGGGAACAAGAAAAGGUCUGUGGAGCUGGAGGAAAUGAAUGUUCUUAAUAAAGAGGCAAACAUUUACACUCAAUAUAUACUGGAUUUUAUUCAAGAUUCAGAAAAGUGUUCACAGAAGUAUUAUCCUGGAUUUGAAUAUAGACAGUCUAGCAAACCACUAUUGCAUUCUUCAUACGUAACAGUAUUUUACAAGGAUUAAAUUAUAAUUACAGAGAGAUCUCAAGAGCAGAAUCAGUGUAAUAGCUUUUCAUUCCAAAGGAAAUGGAAAAGGAAAUUUUAAUUUUCUCAAUGGUGCAGUGUACUGUACUGUUCCUUGGAAGCAGGAAGAGGGAUCAAGGGUCCGUUACAUCUUCACUCUCUCCCUAUGCGCUGUUUGAUCAUUCACUCCUUCAUUGUAAUUGGUUUGGUUAUGAGUUAUUAGACUGUAAAUUUCUUAAAUUUCAAACUGUUAUGGAUUCUUUUUUUAAAAAAAAAGUUCUAAAGUGCCAUGCUACACCACCCAAAAUACAGAAAAAAGAUGUGAAAAUAUGACAUUUCUCUGAAAUUAUCCAUAUUACACAUAAUAUUUUUGAUACUAUUGUAACUGGCAAGGCAGAAGCUUGUGAAACAUUGAAAUUUAUUCUUGAAUUCUAUUCCAUCUACAGAUGGGAAGUUAGGACCAAAACCAAUAUCUUCUAUAAUCAUCCAGAUACAAUGACCUACAGAUUCAGAGUUCUUGCACGUCCUACUGGAGCAGUGGUUCUCAACCUGGGGUCCCCAGAUGUGUUUGCCCUUCAGCUUCCAAAAAUCCUAACAGCUGGUAAACUGGCUGGGAUAUUUAGGAGUUGUAGGCCAAAAAUAUCUAGGGACCCCAGAUUGAAAACCACUGUACUGGAGGUUUGUGGCUUUGAUGUCAGGAGUCAGAGAAUCUGGUCCAGGUUUUAGCUUGAGCUUUAAAGAAGCUUUUCAGAGUAUUUAGUUUUAACCACAAAUAGUUCCAUGUCGUGGAUAACUUCUUUGAAAUUCAGAUUAAUACCUGGACUGGAUUCACCAUCCCACUGACAUGGAGACCACCAAUCAUCAUUGUUUUCCCCAGACUGGAGGUUUUUAAACAGGGGCUGGAUAACCAUUUACUGGGAGUCCGUUGAUUACAAUAUGUUUCAUGGUGUUAUGGAUUUUUGCAUGGCAGAUUGGGGCUGAAUAGUAUGGCUCUCCUGACCUUUUCAAACUCAAAGAUUCUUUGAUCUUUGGGUCUUCAGCUCUAAAAAUGAGUACAUAGGUCAAGCCCAGAAAACUGCCAGGCUUCCAGAUACUGUCAAACUACUGCUCAUAUACUUUUUCUCUGUUAGCCAUGUUGACUGAGCAGAUGGGAACUGAAUUCCAAAAUUAUCUAGAAGGUCACAUGUCUCCCAGUGAUGUGAUAUAUUCUUUUAACUGAAGCAACUGAAAAAACCACAUUGUCCCAUUUCAAAUAACCUUUUGUUAAUCAUUUAUCUGAUUGAUGCACAUGCCCUAUUAGAAGCAGAACAUUUAAAAAGAAAAGAAGAAAGAAACAAAUAAGUCUUAUUGUCAAAGAAAAUGCAAGCUUUCCUCCUAAACUGAUGUAUACAGUCUGUGAUCCAGAACUGGAGUUUGGAAAAGUUCCUCUCUGGACUAUGAGUCUCAGAAUCUUUGAGUUGGCUACUAUUCAUGUUGACUGAUGGAUAUCGUCCAAAAUAAUACUAUAUAACCCAAUUUUGUUCCUGGGUUAUAAAUGCCAUUUCCAAAUUGGUUCUAUCAUAAAAAAUAGAAAAAGUUUCUGAAACAGCAAAAACUUUAUUUUUGCAAGGCUUCCUGCAGCACAUUUUGCUAUAGUUUUUUCAAUGAAUGUCUCAUUGAGUCUCAACCAAUUCAACAUAGUUUGUUGCAGCUACAAAAACAAAGUUUCUGGGGUAUAACAACUACUUUCAAAGUAAGUACCAUACAAUUAAAUAGGAAUAACACUUUCAAACCAGGGUCAGAAGAUUUUUCAAAUUUUGUUAGAUAGUGUAAUUUUUCCAAAUCUCCACCCACCCAAAAAAGCAUGUACUAUAGUUUUCCCACCCUCCAUUCUCUUGACCCUUCUAUUAUCCUCUUUUUAGUCAUAGAAUCAUAUGACUUCUGCUAUUAUUCUUUUAAGGCUGUUUACAAAUAGUCCACCUUGCCUUACAUGGGUUUGGAGAUAGAAUCAUAGGGUAAGAGAUGACCUUAUGAAUAGUUUAGUUCAACCUCCCACUCCAUGCAGCAAAUGUAAAAUUGAAACAUCACUGCCCGAAUAGGAAUAAUAAUAAUAAUAAUAAUAAUAAUAAUAAUAAUUUAUUUAUAUUCCACUCUAUCUCCCCAAGGGGACUCAGAGCAGAUUACAGGCACAUAUAUAUGGCAAAUCUUCAGUGCCAUUAUACAAUUGAGAGAGAUGGAGAAUACGUAAACAGAAACAGGCUUCCCACUUUCAUUUCCGGCAUCUGGAAGCUGUGCUCGACUCGGCCAUGGGGAGGUGUGUUGUUCCAUUCUUCCACACCGAGGAGACUGCCGAUUGAACCGCUGGCAUGUUUUUCAGGGGCGCCUUUUACCUCCCCGCUAAAGCCAGGUGGAAGAUUUUGUGAAACUUUGACAUUUCUUUCCACCCUUUUUUUUCAUGGAGCUUAGAUUACUUCACAACAUUGCGGACAGAAUAAUUUAAAUAUAGUACUAAUGCAUAUAAUAUAGUUAUUUAUAUCAAAUAAAAUCCCAUAGCUAUAAAUUAAAACCAUCACAGAUAUUACUUUGAUUCCCCAAAGUCCUAUAGGGAUAUAAAUGGAUAAUUGUGGCCCCCUCAAACAGGAUUUACCCCUUCGCCAGGAAGGUAAUGUCAUAAUUAUGGGGAGGUGUUUAAAAAAGUCCUACUCACAACUAUUACCAUCUACAUUCCUGCAAAAGUGAAAUGGUCAUUGGAAUCUCUUGGUUAGCUUUACAAUGGUAGCAUUCAUUCAGCCACUUGGACCUUAUGGCUUGGCUCUAUCAUCCUCUAGGAAUUUCCAAUCUGGAGGAUCUGCUUUGUAGCUUUACGUCUAUUAAAUUUGCUUCAUCCUUCCUGAUAGCUAUACAGAUUCUUCCUGCCUGUCUCUCAGUAAAACACAUUGAGAGUUUUACUGUACUGUUCAAUAUUGCUCAAUAGAUCUUGUCAACAUGUUAUUGACCCUCCAAAAUUACAAUACUGUAUUAGAAUACCACACUGAACAUGAGAGUGUUUGCAGUGAUAACACCAGCCAUUCAGAGCAAGCAGCCUUGGAGCAGGUUGCAAACAGAUUCCUCUUAUUUUGCAUGCCAUGUUUGCCUUGUCUAGGCAAGGAAACAUGUUCGUUUAGCCCUGCCAACAGAAAUUAAAAUAACAAGGAAUAAGAAUCCAGAAAUGGAUUGACCCCUAAAGCAAGGUUGCACAGCAUCAAGAAAUACAAUUAUUUUGGUUAUUAGCUUUACUAUUAUAUCCCGGCUAUUUGUUGUACAGGAUAUAAUUUAGGUUUCAUUAAAGCAGGGCACAAGAAAAAAAAGAGGUCAGUUUUCCAAGCCACAGGCUGUCUGUGAAUCCCCAGUCAGCUUUUAAUAUUCAAAUGUAAUAACAUAAGUCAUCUUUUGACUUUCAGUCAGUGCACUGAAAUUAGCUAGCAAAAGGUACAUUUGCUAUCAACUGUGCUGGCCAUAAGAAGUAUAUGAGGUGCAUUCAGUUAAAGUUUAAACUGUAGGCGUGUAAUGAAAAUUAUUUCUGCAAAUAAUUUUCAUUUCACUUAGGCUGUCAUAUCAUUGAGCAUAAAUUAAUAUUGAAUUGGACUACGCAUUUUUUCAUGACCCAGUCCAUGCCAUCAUAUCCAUGACAUUUCACACUGAUGAACAAGAAUUCCAUAAAAUACAAACACAAAAGAAAUUGCCUUAUGUCAAAAAACAAAACAUCUUGCCUAUUCAAGAUAUCAGGAAAAGAGGUCUUUCACAUUUGUUGUAAUGUGCCUUCAGCUCACCUCUGAUUUAGGACAACCCUGUCAUAGGAAUUUAUUGGCAUGAUUUCUUGAAUGGAUAUUUUUUAUGACAUUAUCUCAAGGGUGGGGCCUUUUGAAUUCCUUGCCUUCCCAAACUUUCAUAGAAUUCUGCAGACAGCAGAAGUGCGGAGCUGCCUGGUUUAAAACCCUGGUGCGAUAACAUAUUGAGUGCAUCUACACUGUAGGAGCCUCUGGUGGCUCAGUGUGUUAAAGCGCUGAGCUGCUGAACUUGCAGACUGAAAGGUCCCAGGUUCAAAUCCAGGGAGCGGAGUGAGAACCCGCUGUUAGCUGCAGCUUCUGCCAACCUAGCAGUUCGAAAACAUGCAAAUGUGAGUAGAUCAAUAGGUACCCCUCUGGCGGGAAGGUAAUGGCAUUCCAUGCAGUCAUGUCAGCCACAUGACCUUGGAGGUGUCUACGGACAACUCCGGCUCUUCGGCUUAGAAAUGGAGAUGAGCACCAACCCCCAGAGGUGGACACAACUGGACUUGUGAGGGGAAACCUUUACCUUUACUUUACCUACAGUAUAGAAAUAAUGCAAUUUGACAUCACUGUAACUGCCAUGAUUCCAUGCCAUGGAAUCAUGGGAAUUGUAGUUUUACAUGAUUUUUAGCCUUCUCUGUCAAAGAGUGCUGGUCUCUCAUCAAACAAUAGAUCCCAUGAUUCUACAGCAUUGAGCCAUGUCCGUUGAAGUGGUGUCAAACUGCAUUUAUUCUCCAGGGUGGAUGCAUCCUUAGAAUUAGAGAAUGCAAGCCCUUCUACACAUGGCUAAAAACCCGGAAGUAACCAGGUUAAAAAGAUGCUCCUAAAACCUGAUUCCAUCUCAAAAAUGUGUACCUUUGCAUAAUUAUAUAUCCCUGCAGUCAUGCAAAAUAUGUGCUUUCCUUCCCUUCCCUUCCCUUCCCUUCCCUUCCCUUUGUGUGGACUGUUUUAGCGCACAUGCACUUUUUAAAACCCUGAAACAGCUGCUCAGCUGACUGGGCUGUCAAAACAUGGUGCCACAGGCACACAGGUGGCUCAACGGAAGCACAAAUGGAAAGCAAUUAGUACUCUCUGAAGCUCUUUCUUUUAAACUUUAUAAUAUUAAACAGAGCUCGGAUUAAUAAUUGGGUGAAGAAAGAAAUAAGAAAUCUGCUUGUGUUUACAUUAAGAUAUUUGCAUGUGUGCAUAUGAGGUCCAGAGCAUAACAGAGUGAUUUUUUUAAAGGCUGCUGGAUGUCCCUUGUCUACCCUCCAUCUUGAUCCGCUUCAAAGGAAGAUGUGAGGACAGCAGGGGACCAUUUCCUGGGACUGACAGGUCUGUGUGUGGACCUGCUGUCAGGUCCGGGGAUUUUUUGCCUCAGUUUUAAAACACGCAUUUUGGCACUGUCUGGAAGUGCCCUACAACUAACCUAUUUAUCUUGAAAUGACUUCUGAACACACAUCCAUAGAAUUUACGCUCUCAGUUGAAUUUUUUAUUUUAUUUAUUAUUUACAUCAUUUAAUAUAUACCACCUUCCUCCCCUAGGGGACCCAAAGCAGUUUACAACAUACUAUACAAACUAUGAACAUAGUGUUAAAAUGGUCAAACCCAUAGCAUUUAAAGCACCCCAAGUAAAAAACAGAUUAAAACAUUGCAAGUAAAAACAGUUAAAAUCACAUAAUCCAAAAGCAUCGACCCAAUGUCAAUUCUUCAUUGCACGUAUGGUUCAAUGUCUCUUAUUGCUGUUGAGUAAAGGUUUGGUCCCACAAACAGGUUUUUAGUUUCUUUCUAAAGACCAUGAGGGAGGGCGCAGAUCUGAUGUCACUGGAGAGGGAGUUCCACAGCCUGGGGGCCACCACUGAGAAGGCCCUGUCUCUCAUCCCUGCCAAUCGCACCUGCGAUGGAGGCGGGAUUGGGAGCAGGGCCUCCCCAGAUGAUUCUUAGAUUCCGGGUGGGCUCAUUCAGACAGAUAAGAUGGGUCUGAACUGUUUAGGGCUUUAUAGGCCAAGGCCAGCACUUUGAAAUGUGCCCAGAAGCAAACUGGCAGCCAGUGGAGCUGGUGUAACAGAGGAGUUGUAUGCUCCCUCUACCCUGCUCCUGUUAGCAAUCUGGCAGCCAUACAACAUUUUAUGUAAUGUAUUACUUGAUAACAAAUUGUUCUACAUGUUAAGCAGUAAUAGAAGUCUAGGUAUAGCAACUUGUUUAAUAUAUAAUAGAAAAACAUCUAGCAAUCAUCCCUGCAGUCAUCAUCAAUCUUGUGAUUCCUUUAUUUCAUCACUUUUAAACUUAUUUAUUAUGCAAUGCUUUUGGUACGAAAUAAAAAAUCAUCAAAGCAAAAUCAUUUGCAAAACAGCAUCUAACACACCCCAAAUCAUUUUAAAACAGUAAACUACAAAAUAUGCCCACAGCAUGCAAUGGAAUAUAGACCAGUUUAUACCACAUGAUUUCUUAUGGAACAAAUGGAAGAUCAUCAAGUUUCUUCUAACUGGAAAGAUGCAAAUGUUCAAUGGGUUUCUGCUUCCUUUUUAAAGUAAUGGUAAUAUAGCCAAUAAUGUUGAGAUGCCUGCUCUAUAUCAGAACAGUGAAAAUUAUUGUGCAGGAGGUGAGCAGAAGAAAAAUACACUGAAAGAACACAAUUCUCUUCUCCAUUUCUUGUGUUUAGAGAUUAAUGCCUUUGUUUGUAUAUAGCCUGAACAGCACCAUCCAUGCACAAUAGGAAGCCAUCAUCAAAAUGGGUAAAUGUUUAUAAAAUAAGAGGAAAAAACAAGAAGAGAAGGCCAUCAAGAAAUUGGGGAUGAUCUCUCUUUUCUGUUGUUCAUGUGUGUACCCCAUUUCAAUAGCAGCAGAGAUGUCCAUGGUGGACAGAAGCUCAGAUGGAGCUUUAUGGUCACCUAGGAGCAGCAGCGACAUAAACAUGAUCCAUCCCUUUCCCCUGUGCUUAUCGGAAUAAGUGUUAUGGGAGUAGUGUCCAUCUGGACAGUGGAAUGGGUCAAAUUGGGCCCAGUUUAGUUGUCCACACUCCCAAAAGCCCUGGGAUAAUCCAGAGUUUACAGCUAACUCCAAACUAUCUCCAACUUUGCCAGAAGCAGAACAAAGUUGGUUUAAAGUGGAAAAACCCAGGGCACUCACUAGAAACUGCUGUGCAUCCUGAAGACUGCCAUUGUUUUAUUUAUGAUGAGUCUGGAGUUUCAGGCCAGUGUAGACAAACUCCCAAAAUCUUUUGUCAAGUUCGUUCUAAUAGAUUACCAAGAAGUUUCAUCAUGUGAAUUAGACAUACCACUUCAUCCAGUAUAGAGACCACCAGAACCCAUCAUAUGACACAGGGCUACUUCUGGUGGGGCUCUGUCCUGGAAACAUCAUAGGAUGAAGCCCUUAGAACACAGAUGGCAACCUACCUUCUCAUUAGGUAAGCCAGGGAAAACACAGGAGGAAGCGGGCCAGCGGCAUUUUCUCUUAUGUGAUGAGGAAGGAGGCGAUGCAGGGCACUGCCUGAUGGUUUACCCCGCUACACGCCAGAUUUGCCCUACUGCCCACUGUCCUCCAGCUUGAGGAAUUCAAUGUUAGUGGGGAGAUGGUGGCAGGGUAUAAAUAAAGUUUUAUUAUUAUUAUUAUUAUUAUUAUUAUUAUUAUUAUUAUUAUUAUUAGUCCUAUACCAUGGAAAAAGGUAAACUAGGUUCAUGCUCUUUUCCAUUUCGUAAAGUUUGAAUAUCCAUUUCUUUUAGUUUUGGCUCCCAGCCCUGUAGAACAAGACACUGUCAAAUAAUGGCCAUCUCAAACAAGUCUCAAGCAGUUCUUGAGAAAGAUUGUAUUCAGUGUUCAAUACUAAAACACUGGCCAAAUGAAAAGGCUGUUAUUGGAAUUGGGAAACUAAAUAAUUCUAAAUCUCACCUUUUUGAAAACAUAUGUAUGCAAAAUUAAAUGUAAAUAUAUUCUGAGUAAAUGGAAAUACAUUGUGUUAUUCUGAAAUGGGUAAAUUUGCUGCAAGUUAAUUUUACAUUAGCAUAAUUAUACUUUGUGUGACUAUGCUUUGUACAUAAGAGGAAACAGAAUUAUUUGUGCAUGUAAAGCCAAAGUGGGCAAACGUUAUUCUGGUAUAUGAAGAAAAUAUGGCUCCUUAGCUUUUUUGUUUGUUUGAACUGAUGUGAUUAAAUAUAAAAUAUAUUUCUGAUUUGUGAAUCUAAUUUUUGUAUUCCAAACUUUGUGACAGUAUCCAUGGAAAAGGUUGUCUUUGCUUGCUCUAAAUAUUUUAAUUCCUGUGUUUUAGAUUCCAUUAAUGAAAUUAUGGAUUUUAAUAUGUACAGAUUUUAUAUAUUUUGAACAAAGUCAUGGUAAUGCCCAUUGUUAUUUAUACUGAAGUGAUGUAAGACAAUAUGAUCUCCAAAAAGCUUAACCUGAAUUCAUUCUCUACAAAGAGAAAUCUUUUGAAAUGAUGUUUUUUUGUUUAUUGAGCUAGGCAGCAUGAAAACAGGUAAAAAUGAACUACAAAGAUAAUUCCUGUUGUUUGCUCAGUAAGAGGUUGAAACUGUAUGAUGGUGAUUUAGAUUUCAUCACAUCACAAAUCACAAAUCCAAAAAUCAAAAUAAACUUAUGUUGUGGAA